AUGGUGCCCUCCAGAGGGGCGGGCCGCCGCCGGGCUGCCGCCGGGCCGCCCCAGGAGAGGGCCGCCAUCGGCGCCGCCCUCCGCGGCUGGCUUCCUUGGACGCUCGUGGCGGUGCGCGCCGCCUGCGCUGUGGGGGCCUCGGCUCAUCGCAACGUGCGGCUCGAGUGCCCCGCACUCGAUGCGCUCCAGAGCGUGCAGCACGGCGUCCCUUACAACCUCACGGGGCUGACGCUGCGCUACCACGACCAGGGCGCCGAGGUGGAGUACGGGAUAGAGGCCUCCACGGGCUCGCUCCGGCUCCACAGUUUUGUGGGGCUGAAGCUGCUGCCGCCCUUCAGCUACGACCGGCGCCUCCGGGUCCAAGGGAGUGUGAGGGCGGUGUCAGAGGCUCUGGAGGGCGUUGAAUACACCAGUUGUUUCGAUUGUUCAGCCGAUGUCGACAGGGUGGUGGUCAGCUGCGCCCUGAGCGGCACGCCGGGGCGUAACCACUGGACGAGCACCAACAACGCGAGCACGGGCAGCAACUUGAGCGUGUUCGGUGUCUCGUCGCAGUCGGUGCUGCGGGUGCUGGUGGACCUUCCGCAGGACUCGCCCAGGAUCCGCGCGGAUGACGAGCGCCGCAGCGUCUCGGAGGACGGGCUGCUGCUGAUCCAGGACGUGCAGGUCGAAGACAGCAAGCCUGGCGUCGUGCUGAACGUCAGCGUCAUCGCCAGCCGAGGUCAGGUCUCCAUCACGCGCGACCUGAGCGUUCGUUCUGCUUGGCUCGUGGGCAGCGUUGCGGAGCUGAACGCGCGGCUGGCUGCUGGGAUCAGCUACAGGGCCGACCCCGACUGGAGCACGGACCUCUGCGGCGGGCUCGUGGAGCUGGCGCUGGAGGCCGUGGACGUAGCGGCGCCCUCUCGCAUCAGCAGGGAGCACUUGUCUGUGGCCGUGAACAAUGUACCAGACGGUCCAAGAAUCCAUGCCACUUCCGAGGUCAUCGGCCUGGACAGCUCGCUGGGGCUGACGCGGGAGCAGCUGUCGAUCGAGGACACGGACCACUGCUGCAGCAGCCUGGACGUCUCCAACGACGCAUCCUUGGCGAUGGUUGUGCACACGCGCGAUGCCCACAUAGCUAUCACACCGUCCCCGUAUGCCUCUCAGUCUCCGUGUGAGUGGUCAACUUCUGACGCGGCGGGCAGAUACGAGGGCAACGCGGGCGGCCUGCCUAGGAGCGUCAACCUGCUGUACAUGGGGAUCCGCUCUGCACAGCCCGAGGAGUGGCUGCGGGUCGACGGCCUGGAGGGCCCGGGCAGGCACGACCGGGUCAUCUUCCACGACCUGCCACGGCCGAUCGUGGUGCGGCGCGUGCGCCUGGAGGUGGGGCUCUUCAGCGGGUUUCCCGCACUCCGGUUCGAGCUUUACGGUUGCGCGGAGCACGGCGUAAGGGCGCGCUUCGAGCCGGCCAGGAUCAACAUGACCUGCUCUGGCCAGGGUGUCGAGAGCACUCUCGGCGGCGCUUCUCUCUCGCACUGCCAGGCUGCGUGCACCCACGAGUGCUAUGCUGUGGUGUGGGCGGGCAGCGCGAGCCAGCGCUGCCUCAUCUUUUCGUCUUCGGAGUGCUCGAGCAUGGGUGUUGACGGGGGCUCGGACGCCUAUGUACGGCGAGGUGCUCCUCCGAGCAGUUGUGCAAAUCCGUACCCUCUGGUCUUCACGAGGAACAACAACUUCGCAGUGGUCAGCGCCUCUUCGACCCAGGACCCGGAGUACUUCGCAGCGGCGAACGCCUCCGCCGAGGCGCAGGCCGCCUGGCUCGCGCAGCUCGGCGACGCGGCCCCCUUUGUGGAGGUGAGCUUCUUCCAGCCGGUGACGGUGCGGCGCGUCGCUCUGGGCGGGGACCCCCGACAGACGUCCCUCGUCGGCUGCCUCAGCUGCGGCCCGCAGGCGGCGAGGCUGCUCGAGCCCCUGACGCUGACCCGCUUCGACGACUUCCACGGCAGCGCGGAGCUGCAGGUGCACCUGCGGAACCUCAACUCGGGCCUGAGCGCCUCUGGCCGGCUGAGGCUCUACGUGCCCCCCAUGCUGCCCGCCGUGCGCGCCCCUGUGCCCUUCGAGGUGGACGAGGCCGCGGAGUCGCCGGGCGGCGCCACGUCCGUAGAUCUGGGGGCGGGCAUGGCCAUCUCCCAGGGCUCUGCCGGAAGCGAGCUCACCGCGGUGUCCUUGCCAGACGGGCUCCUGUCAUGGAACGGCAGCGCACCCUCGGAGGCCCUGGCGUGCACCGGCUGUUCCGUCAGCCGGAUGCGCGAGCUCUUGUCGACCUUGCGCUUCUUUCCGGCCCCUGGCACCAACGGAGUAAAGCGGGUGGAAGUUGUCAUCAGCAGCAACGAGAGCGCCUCGAUCCAGAGCGAGGUGCUGACCGUCUGGGUGCGCCCGCUGAACACCGCUCCCAUCCUGCGGCCUUGCGACUCCCCAGUUCCCUCAGAUCCAGCGGCCCCAUGGUUCGCCGUAGCAGAAGACGCCUGGGAAUCAGCCGUGUGCGUGGCGCUGGAGGACGACGCCGACGAGACGCCGGGCAACUUCGUGGACAUGCGGCUGUGGGUGUCCAGGGGCAGCCUCGGCUGCGGUGGCUUCGGCGCUGCUCGCGGCCUGCUGGUCACCCAGUGCCCGGCGGGCGCGAGGGGCCCGUGCGAGCUGCGGUCGAAGCCGUCGCAGCGCCUCUCGCUGGCGCAGGCGCAGGGCUGCUUGAGGAGCCUGGUCUACACGCCGCCGUCCAAUUUCCACGGGAUUGCCGACCUGCACCUGAGCGUCUCGGACAACGGCUUCACGGGCGAGGGGGCAGCAGCAGAAGGCACGCCCCGCGGUUUCCGGGGUGAGCCCAUGGUGGCGUCGAUCAGGGUCGCGAUCCAGGUUGCCCCCGCCGCUGACGCGCCGUGGCUCGCGUGGUCCAUUCCGCCCCCGACAGUCAUUUACAGCGACGGGAGUUUUCUGCUCAGUGGCCUGGACCUGAGGGACCCUGACGAGACAGGUCCUCGCAGCGGCGCCAACCUCACGGUCGCCGUGGAAGCCCUGGUGGGCGAGAUUAUCUCCAGCGCAGAUCUGGUGGAGCACCGUUCGCCAGCGCCCCCCUUCCCAGUGCGCCAUGUGCGGCUGCGGGGAGCUCCCUGGGAGCUGGAGCAGGCCCUGCGUAACGUCACCUACCGGCCCGCCGCGGGGUUCGUCGGGGAGGACACGGUGGUGGUCACCGCCCGGGGCGCAGGCGCCGCGGGCAGGGCCGCCUUGACCUCGGAGCUGAGGUUCCACCUGCAGGUCGAGCAAGCGCUUGUCGCGCCCACGAUCUCCGUGCUGGCUCCCAAGGUCGCCGGACGGGAGGACGAGGCCGUCUGGCUGGGGGUUGCGGCGGGCGUGUCCCUCGAGCUGCCCGAGGCCGCGCUGCUGCGCUUCCGGCUCCAGGCGAGCGACGGGGCGCUGCGGCCCCUCUUCGGCAGGGGCCCCGGCGCCCCCCCGGGGGGCGCGGCGGGCGCGGUGCGCUACCUGCGGGCCUCGGCCGCCCUGGUGGAGGGCGUCGCGACGGCGGCGGCCGCCACGGAGGCCCUGGCCGGCACGCGGUUCCUGCACCGGGCCCGGGACUACUUCUCGCCCGCGGCCGGCCCCGUGGCGGUCCGCCUGGAGGCGUGCCUGUGGGACCAGCUCGCCGAGGCGGCGCUGGAGCAGGCGUGCAGCGCCGCGGACCUCGAGCUGGAGGUGCUGGCGGAGGAUGACGCCCCGCGCGUGUUCUCGCCCGAGCACCCGUGGGCGAUCCCGCUGAAGGUGACGGAAGACGUGCCCCUGGAGAUCUGCUGCUUCAGCAUAUACGAUGCAGACACGGUUUCGAAAGGCGCCGACGCUUACCCCAGUAAAGCUCCAUGGCCCUUCGCUCUGUACAUCCGCGUGCGCGCGGGCAACGUGUCCCUGCACGCUCCAGAGACUGUUGCAGUGCUCUUCCGGAACGAAUCAGAGAUCCAGCUGGAGGGUUACAAACACGACUUGCAGACAGCCUUGGGCACCUUGACUUACUAUCCGCUUCCCGAUGCUAAUAUCCAGAACAGUGGUCUUGACCACCUGUGCAUCACGCUCAGUGACGUUGCAGGGGCGCGAGGCUUUGGUCGGGACAGGUACUUUAACGGCUGCUGGGACGUGGACAUCGUUCCGAUGAACGACCCCCCUGUGCUAUCCGUCGAGCCAGGCUGGCCGUGGCCCAGCGAGCAAUCCACCCAGGCCACAGCCGCGCCAGAUCAGCAACACAGGAUCAAGAACUCCCAGGGGCGGCCUGUCCUGCUGCCCGCGGUCCGCCUGCGAGACGUAGACGCCGAGGACCUCGAGCUGGAGGGCCCCGCCGUCGAGGUCGUCGUGCGGGCAGAGGAGGGCCGGAUCUUGGAGCCGCAGUGCCCAGGCGUGCAGACGGCUGCGCGGGGCGCGCUGCCAGACGAAGCGUGGCAGAUCGGCGGCUCGGUGCGCCUGGUCGACAGGUGCCUCGCCGGCCUUCGCUACGCCGCCCCCUCCGCGACCUUCGAGGGCCGGGACGUGGUGGUGGUCGAGGCAACCGACCUGGGGCACAGCGGGCUGCUCCCCGGCCUCGGCCACCUCGGCCUCUCUGGCCGCGGCCUGGCCAGCGGCCAGCGGGCGGGCGAGGCGCUGCUGCGCGUGGUGCUCAACGUGACGCGCGCGGACGAGCAGGUCCGCCUCGAGGUGUCCGGCGGCAACCUCGAGGCCGAGGAGGGCUCCGAGGUGCGGCUGCCGUCGUUCCGGCUGUGGCACACCCCCGCCUCGGACGGCAGGCGCGUGGUCGUGUCCCUGAGGGCGUCCGACGGCACCCUGGUGCUCGGCGUGAGCCGCGACUGGCUGGUGAGGAGGUUCGCGAAGCCGCGGGCGCCGCUCCGCGGGGCCUCGCUGCAGUGGCUCGGGCCCGUUGAGGUUGCAGCCGCCGUGCUGCGGGACCACGUCACCUACCGCUGCGGCACGCCCGGCAUCUACGAGGUCACCGCCGUGCUGGAGGUCGAGGAGUCGGCGAUGAGCGAGGUGUUCCACCAGGUCGCGUCCAGGACCGUCCCGGUCUCCGUGGUCGGCACCAACGACGCCCCCUCGAUCUCGGGGCCGCUCGAGUGGUCGGUCAUGGCGGGGAGCACCUACUCGCUCGCCAGCGCGGGGCUGGAGGUCCUGGACGCGGACGCGGGGGAGCCCCACGCCGUCUGGGCCGCGCCGCGGGUCGGCGCCGCCCCGACGCCGACGCCCGCCGUCGGCCUGGGCGCCGAGAUGCGCGCCGUCGACGUCGAGGUGAGCACCGACGUCGGGUCGCUGCUCGUGGAGGACUGGGCCGGCCUGGCGCCGGCGCACCCCGAGGCCACCUGCGCCGGCGGCUGCCCGCGGCUCGCCCUGCGCGUGCGCCCCGGCCUCCUGCCCGCGCUGACCGGGCGCCUGUCCCUGCGGCUCCCGAUCGAGCUCGGGGGCCGGCGGGGGACUCUGGAGCUGAGGGUGGACGAUCGCGGUCUGCUUGGGCGCGGCUCGAGCCCCCGGAGCGCGAGCCACAGCGUGAGGUUGCGGCUGCUGCAGACGGACCUGCCGCCAGCAUUCGAGGUCCUCGGGAUGCCCGACGGCCAGAACCUGUCGGCGUUCCGCACCCCGUUCAACACCACCCGCAGCGGGCAGCUGGACCCCCUCACCUUCAACGGCUCGCUGGGCGUCCGCCUGCUACCCGCGGACGGCCAGCACGAGCGCGCCUACCGCUGCACGCUCUCGGUGCCUCAGGGCGGCGAGAUCGAGCUGCCGAGCUUCGGGUACGGCACGCUGCCGCCGGCGUUCGUCGACUGGAGGUACAGGAACGGGACCGGGCGGCGCCAGAGCUUCGAGAUGCUGGGGCCGCUGCGCGACAUCAACGUCGCGCUGCAGCGGAUCGUGUUCCACCCCUGGCCCAGCUUCAGCGGCGCCGCGCACGUCCUCGUGGCCAGUGGGCUCAACGGCUCCUCGCACACCAACUUCACGCAGGUGUCCAUCUACGUCGAGCCGCCGGCAGCGUGCAACGUCACGCUGUGGGCGGGUUCCAACCUCACCGCGACUGGCUCGAGAGCCAUCGAGGUCGGCAGCAGCGUUGCGUUGCGAAGCCUUGACCCCCUCCGCUACGAGGAGCGGGAGCUGCCGUGGACCGCCGCGAACGGCCACACGACGUACGCGGCAUCCGGGCUGACGCCCUACAGGGACUGCCUGGCGGUGACCAUGGAGCUGGGGCUGGUGCACGCCGCCGGCCUCCCGGGGCGCGGGUCGCUCUUCGUGGGCGGCGCGGAGGCCACGUCGCCGCACGUGCUGCCCGACACCUUCCGCAGCGACGGCGCCGCCGUGCUCCUGCACGGCCAGCCCUCGGAGGUGAGCCGCGCGCUGCAGCACGUGCACUUCCGCUGGCAGCCGCACGGCGGGGCGGGGCUGGUCGAGCCCGAGGGGCCCCAGUUCAACAUCACCGUCGUGGUGCGCGUGUACACGUCGGCCUUCGAUCCGAGGGCCGUGCUCGCGGCCUCCAUGAACAUCACAGUGCUGCCCGAGCCGUUCUCCGAGGGCCGGGUGGCGCCCGCGCUCGCGGUCUCGCUGCGCGCGGACGCGGGGGCGGAGUCCGACUGGGACCUGCUCCAUCCCGUGCGGGGCAUUGAGGACACCCUCACCCUGCUGCCCUGCGUGCGGGUGGCCUACCACGUGCCAACCUUCCUGCGCAACAACACCCAGACGCGCCUGAGGGUGUACAGGCUAGAUCAGGCCGAGCAGGAGGACGCCGAUCCGAUGACGGCUCUCUACGACGAGCUCGACUAUAAUAGCAUAAGCGUCUCGCUGGACGUCUUAGCAGGCUGGCUCUCCAUGGAGAGUGGCGCGUACGAGAGGCUCAACCUGACUGGCAUGACAGUGACGGAAGGCUGCCUCGAGAAUUGCACGAGCGUGAACCUGAGCUUUCUGCCCGAGGUCAUGGACGACAGCUCUGAUGGCAACUUCACCUUCUGUGGGCUGCAGUACACGCCCUUCCCGGAUUUCAACUCGGCUCAGGAUGGAGGCAGCAUCCAGGAGACCCUCCGCUUGCGCGCGACGAUCCCAGGUGGGCGCGAGGAGGAGCUCACCGUGCCCAUCCACAUCCGCCCAGUCUUCGACGGCCUAAGGAUCUCAACGGCGGCCAGCCCCGCGACCGUGCACCAGGGCUCGGACGUCGUGGUAGGCGACCUCCUCGAGCUGUCGUCCCCGGACUCCGACCUGGAUGUCCACCCGUCCAUCCUCAACGCGCAGGUGUACCACACCCUCAACCUCACGCUCUCGGAGGGCCUCGUGUUCGAGACCCCGCUGCCCGGCGACUGCUACACGCCGCGGCAGCUGCGCGACGUGGACCACAGCCACGACCUCUGGGCGAAGGACGGCAGGCCCUUCUCGGGGGGCCUGCGGCCCGCCGGCAGCCUGAGCCUGAGGGCGCCGCUGGAAGCGCUGCGGCGCUGCGUGGACCACCUGGUGCUCCACGUGCCGUGGGACGCCCCGGCGACGGCGCCGCCCCCCGCGCUCUCGGCCCCCGCGCCAGAGCUGCUGGCCGUCGUGCCCGCCAACGGCAGCGCCGUCGCCGUGGAGGCCUUCGAGGUGGUGCUGCGCUUCACGGACAUCGUGUGGGUGGGCAGCGGCGGCAUCCAGAUCGUCGACUGCGGCGCGGACGGCCAGUGCGGUGCCGUCGACCUGCUGGACGACGCCGCGCUGGUCAUCGACGCCACGGACCCCUCGCAGGUCAUCCUGGACGUGAACAGUAGCGUCGUGCGCAUCUCCCCAGCAACGCAGCUGAGGCCGCUGCGCUUGCACCAGCUAGUGAUUCCGGAGGGUGCCUUCGUCGGCCACAACGGCCGCAGUUUUGGUGGGAUCCCUGCUGGUGGCCACUUCUUUGAGACAGGGCAGGCACUGGCUCGGCCUACCGGCUGGCGGAUCGUCGCGCAGGCGUUCGAGGAGACAGACGCCCUUCUUGACUGGGAGGUGUGCGAGGUAGGCUUCUACACCUCGUCCGACUGCAGUGGAGCCGCCAUCGAGGGCACCCCUGUGGCCAGCAGCGCGUCGGCCAGCCUUUCGCAGGUGGGAGACAGUGGCCUGGCAUUUGAUGGCAGUUUGGGAACGUGCUGGGUGCACAAUGGCAGCGCGCCUUCGGCCUGGCUGGGCCUGCAACUGAAGGACGCCAGCUUCGUCCGAUCGCUGCGGGUCAUCGGCAAUCCUGCGGGAGACGGCGCGGCGCUCACCGCCUUUUACCUGCAGUUCUACUUCGAGGGUAGGUGGCACAACCUGCAGAAACAGGGCUACAGCGAAGAUUGCAUCGAGGUGGUGCAGGACUACAGUUCCGUCUUCGCGGGUGAGCGCGACACCUCGGAGCCCGCCAUUGUCUCCUUGCAGCCAGCGCACGGCUCUUCCAACGUGGCCCCGUCUCAGAGGCUCCAGCUGGUCUUCGAUGAGGAUGUGAGGUUGGUGGAGGGCACGGACUCCGUUGCCCUGGUGCAUGCAGGGGACGACACCACGUGUGAUACGGGCGACGAUGCCGUGACGUACCUUGCAACAGUCCUCCCCGAGCUGCUGCAGAAUAACGGCACCGUGCCCUGGGUCAUGGCAGCAAACAAGACAUUGAUCGUCAAACUGCCAUGGGUGGACAUGUCCACAGGGUACUACUGUCUCCAGGUGAAUAAAGGUGCCGUCCUCGACGUCGCGGGCAACCCGUUCGCGGGGCUCUCUGGCGAGUCGUACAAGUUCUACGUCGACACCGGAGAAGGCGUCAUGCCAACCCUGCUGUCGACGGACCCCGCCCCCGGCACCGUGCUGAUCGGCGGGCGGCAGCAGCGCUUCCGGCUCUUCUUCAGCCAGGCCGUGCAGCUUGCCGACCCCUACCUGUUCCUCACCGUGGGGCAGGUGCCCGGGGCCCAUUCCGCCCACUUCGUGCCCGCCAACGCGAGUGCAGACUUUUCUUUUCUUCUGUCAUUGGCAACCACACCGUGA